UAAAAGUUUAACCAACGUAACCAAUUUAUCCACAGCCAUCAAGUUGUGUUGACACAAGAGACCGUUGUAGGAUUUAUAUUUCAAACAGUUGUUUAAGAAUUAACUGAUAUCGCAAGACUAAAAUGGAAGAUAUCAUAUUAUAAAGAACGUUGCAAUAUUUUUCUUUCCAUUUCUUUGUCAAUAUUGCUCUCGAUAACAUGAAAAUGUUAAAAGUGAUCGUUAGUUUGGUGUGUAUGUUCGUUGGAAGUGAAACUGCAAAAAUAUUAGGAGUGUUUCCAACGCCUUCCAUAAGCCAUCAAGUUGUGUUUCGCCCACUAAUGUUAGAAUUAGCAAGACGUGGACAUGAACUCACAGUGAUAACAACAGAUCCAGCGUAUCCAAAAGGCCAAGCUCCUCAAAACCUAACCGAAAUCGAUCUGCACGAUAUUUCUUACAAUCACUGGAAGAUUUUCACAGAAAGAGAAAACGAAGAAGAUCCAAUUGAAUUUUUCCGUUUCGCUAAUAUUUUUCUCUUUGAAUUAUUUCUUAAACAGCUAAAAUCUACUGAAAUUCAAAAAUUACUUCAUGAUAAUAGAAAAUUUGAUUUGUUAUUUAUCGAAUCUUGUAUACGACCAGCCUUUUCAUUUUCGUACAUUUAUGAUGUGCCAGUUAUUGAAAUCAGUUCGUUUAGUGGUGUUUUAUCUGCUUAUGAAAUGAUAGGCGCAGCCUCACAUCCACUUAUUUAUCCAAAUGCAAUGCACAGAAGAAUUUAUAACUUGACAUUAUGGGAGAAGGUUACAGAGUUGUAUAUUCAUUACUCGAAUGAGAACGUUUAUAAGAAUCAUGAAAAAACGGAAAAUAAAAUAUUAAAGUCAAUCCUUGGUGCAGACAUGCCAGAUUUACACGAUCUGAAGCAAAAAGUUAGGAUGUUGUUUCUAAAUGUACAUCCUAUUUGGGAUUUCAAUCGUCCUGUCCCACCAAAUGUAUUGUACUUAGGAGGUUUGCAUCAAAACCCUCAACUUGAGCUACCAGAGGAUCUUAAGUCAUAUUUAGAUUCUUCUAAAUUUGGAGUUAUAUAUAUGAGCUUUGGUACAAAUGUUAAGCCUUCGAUGCUGCCAUCGGAGUCAUUGAAGAUAUUUACAAAUGUAUUCUCUCAACUUCCUUAUGAUAUUUUAUUGAAAUGGGACAAAGAUGAACUUCCAGGACGCCCAAGCAAUGUUAAAAUUUCGAAAUGGCUGCCGCAGUCCGAUUUGUUAAGACAUCCCAAGGUCAAACUAUUCAUAACACAAGGUGGCUUACAAUCUACUGAUGAAGCACUAACUGCUGGAGUGCCUCUUGUUGGGAUACCUAUACUCGGUGACCAAUGGUUUAAUGUUGAGCAAUACGUUAAAUUUAAUAUUGGAAAAGGACUUUUAAUAGAUACACUGACAGAGAAACAGCUGAUAGAUGCUAUUAAUACAGUAAUCAAAGAUCCAAGUUAUCGUCAAAAUAUCGUCAAGCUCCGCAACUUUAUGAACGAUCAACCUCAAUCACCACUAGAGCGCGCGGUAUGGUGGACGGAACACGUCCUACGGCAUAGUGACGUAGAAUAUCGACGCACUCCUGCAGCUAAUAUACCAUGGACUGAGUAUUAUGAAGUGAAAAUAGUGUUGUUGAUGUCGAAAAUAUUUAAAGUGAUUGUUAGUUUGAUGUACGUGAUCAUUGAAAUUAAAACGGCAAAAAUAUUAGGGGUGUUUCCAGUCCCUUCUAUAAGCCAUCAAGAUGUGUUUCGUCCACUUAUGUUGGAACUAUCGAAGCGUGGACAUGAAGUUACAGUCGUAACCACAAAUCCAGUAUUUCCAAAAGGUCAAUCACCUCAAAACUUUAGUGAAAUCGAUGUGCAUGAUAUUACCUACGAACGUUGGAGUGUUUUUUUCGCAGAUAAAGGAAAUGAAAAAGAUCGAACUAAAUUAUUCUAUUUUAUAAGCGAAUUGCUCUUAGAUUUAUUUGUAAUACAAUUAAAAUCGCCUGCUGUACAAAAUUUAAUUCGAAGUAAUGAAAGGUUUGAUUUAAUUUUUGUCGAAUCCUGUGUACGACCAACUUUAAUCUUUUCACACAUUUAUAACGCACCAGUUAUCGAGUUCAGUUCCUUAGGUGGCGUUCUUUCUGCAUUUGAAACAAUAGGAGCAGCCACUCACCCUAUCAUUUAUCCAAAUGCAAUGCACAGAAGAAUUUACAACUUGUCACUAUGGGAAAAAAUUACAGAGUUAUAUAUUCAUUACAUGAACGAGCAUAUUUUUACGAAACAUGUAGAAACGGAAAAUGAAAUAUUAAAAUCAAUUCUUGGUCCAGAUAUACCAGAUUUGAAUGACUUGAGACAAAAUGUUCAAAUGAUGUUCCUAAAUGUACAUCCUAUUUGGGAUUUUAAUCGUCCCGUUCCACCAAAUGUGUUAUAUUUACGAGGUUUGCAUCAAAAACUUCAACAUGAGUUACCAGAGGAUAUUAAAUCAUAUCUAGAUUCUUCAACACAUGGAGUGAUUUAUAUGAGUUUUGGUUCAAAUGUUAUGCCUUCUAAGCUUCCAUCAGAUAAACUGAAGAUAUUUACCAAUGUAUUUUCUCAACUUCCGUACGAUAUUUUAUGGAAAUGGGAUAAAGAUGAGCUACCAGCACGUCCAACAAAUGUAAAAAUUUCGAAAUGGUUGCCACAGUCGGAUUUGUUAAGACAUCCUAAAAUCAAGCUAUUUAUAACUCAAGGGGGCUUACAAUCUACGGACGAAGCGUUAUCCGCCGGAGUGCCUCUUAUUGGUAUACCAAUGCUCAGUGACCAAUGGUUUAACGUUGAGCAAUACGUUAAAUUUAAUAUUGGAAAACUAACUUUAAUAGAAACAUUAACAGAGGAACAGCUAAUGGAUGCAAUUACGACCAUAAUCAACGAUCCCAGUUAUCGUCAAAAUGUUGUUAAGUUAAACAGCUUUAUGAAUGAUCAACCGCAAUCAUCUCUGGAGCGCGCGGUGUGGUGGACGGAACACGUACUCCGGCAUGGGGAGGUAGCUUAUCGGCGCACACCUGCUGCGAACAUACGGUGGGCUGACUAUUAUGAACUAAAAAUAGUUUUGAUAUUGUUAUUUACUUUGAUUGUAUUAUUGUCAUUUAAAAUAUUAGCGAUAUAUUUAAUUGUUUUGUUUAUUCAGAGUUACAUGCGCUUAAAAGUUAAGAAAAGUUAAUAAAUAAGCUAUAUUA